AUGACUCAAUCAAUCGAUUUUCGUAUCAACGAUUUCAUCAACGAAUACCUUGAUUAUAAAGGUUAUACGGAUACAGUUGAUACGUUUUCACAGGAACGGGAAACUCGAAAAGAACCAAUUAAUAACAUUAAUAAUGGAAAUAUUUAUGAAAAAGAAAAAGAACGAUACCAAACAAUUAAAGAGAAACUAUUGAAAUAUCUAGAUAAUGGAAGUCGUGACGAAUUUUUUCAACUUUGGUCCGAACAUAUUCCAUCAAAUAUCAUCGAUAGUGAUCCAUCAUUGAAAUCACUUGAAUUCUUACUUUAUACUCAUUUUGCUAUUUAUUAUUUACGCUCAAAUACACCUCAUAAAAAUGCUAAACUCGCUCAAGAGAAUAUGCAAGAAUUUAAAGGAUAUAUCGAAUCAAUUAGAGGUCAAACUAUAUCGCAAACAAGUGAUAUAUUACCUUUAUUUGCUUUACCAUAUGUUACAGAACCAGAGAAAAAUGCAUCGUUUCAAGAAUUGUUCACAGAUAAAUGGCGAAUACAAGUACGCACAAAACUAUUGAAUUUUUGCGAUUGGAUUUUUUCAAGUCGCCCGGUACCAAAUCUACUUCAAUUAUUACAAAAUGGUGAACGUGCGUCACAUUUAUUGACGCAAAUACAUAACGAAAAUGAAGAACUUAAAUAUCGAAAUAGAGAAACUAAUAGACAAAUGAAAAUUGUAAGUACCGACUAUUGUAAUCUGAUUGGGAUUACAAUGGAAUUAGUCGAAACAUUACAACAGGCUGUUGUAGGGAAAGCUAUUACAAAUGAAUAUAUUGAUAAUGUAUGUGCACGUCUUGGACUAGCAAGAUUACAUGAAACAAUGUUUAGUAUGUCGGAUUCUUCUCGAUUGGGAAUCGAUGAUCCGUUUAUAGAAAAACUUGAUUAUGGUAAAAUAAAACGAGAUAUUGUGCAUCCAUCAACUAGUUCACGUGAAAAAGCUCUUUUACUUCAAGCACUGCGCUGGAGAUUAACAAAAGCUAAAACUGAUUUUAAACGUGAAAAAACUCUUGAAUGCUAUAUUGGCUGUGAUUUACUUGGUUGUCGAUCGGACGUUGAGCAACGAACAAAAAUUAUUAAGCAAUUAUCAUCAACACUCGGUGGUGAUACAUAUUAUGCCAAAGAAGAAUGGGCGCGUUUAAUGAAUACCAUAGCUUCGUUAAAAAAGGGUCGAAAUUAUUUGUCGCCAAAUGAAUCAUUGAUUAUUGCUAUGCAAAAGGCAGCCAUGUCUGAAUCAUCAGAUACACUGAUAAAACAACAUUUAUUAGCAGCAUUACAAAAACUUAGUUUGAAGCGUUCUGUACAAUCGCUAAUGAUUAAUCAGAAUAUAAUUAAAUGGUUAAUAACAGUAUUGAGUAAAACUGAUCGCCUAUCGGAUUAUACUUUAGAAUAUGGAGUUGCACUAUUGAUGAAUCUCUGCUUACGUACAAACGGUCGGAAAAAGUGUGCUGCAGUAGCUGAACAAGCUAUUACAGUACUUUCAUCUCUAUUAACUCAUCCGAAUCAUGAAACUCGACCAUACGUGAAUUCUUCUUUAUAUUCAAUUUUAACUCUAAAAUCAAUACGCGAUAAAGCUAUGCAACUUAAUCUGGAUAAUCGUCUUCGAUUUAUUAUUGAAACGGAAAGAUCCAAUUCCGAGACUAAAGGCCAAUUAGAAUUUUUACUCAAUCUUCUCUAUAAAGGAGGUGAUCAAGAUGGUAGACAAACAUCAGAUAAUGAACAAGACAAUGAUGAUGAAGAUCAAGAUAUUAUGGAAGCUGAUUUAGAUCUUGGUGAUAAACUACGUGCAUCUGAUAAAGAAUUAAGCGGAGACACAUUGAUCGAUGGACAAUAUACUUCUCUAAAAGGAUCAAGUUUUCAAAUAUCUUAUCCUAAUACAAUGCAUUCAUCAUUAGCCAUGGAUCCUCUCCUUAAUCGACCUAUAACACCUGGCCAAUAUCGUCAUUCUAGAGUCGCACAUACAGUUGAUUCAUUUACAAAUAAUCUAUCUAUCGGCGAUAUACAUAAUAGUCGUAAUAAUCAUAACAAUAAUUAUGAAUAUGAAAGUAAGAUCCUUACAAAUUCAUCAAAAAAGCCCUUAUCAGCUGUUAAUACUCCGAUUGCAUCCGAUGAUCCUGACAAACAAAUAGAUUUCAAUGAGAAUUUCAAUUUAAACAAUGACCUUGAUCCAUCGCCAACAAAACGAACAACAACACCGUCGAUGAAAUUUUCUUUUGAUGAACAACAUCGAUCCAAUUCAAAUGCAUCUCUGCAUUCAUCAGCAUCAUCUGCCAUUGAAUUAAACAACGAAAAUAUGGAUAAACAAUCUUAA